AUGGCAUAUAUCAUUCAGCUCAUCGGUGUUCUUGCAUUGCUUGUGGCAUUUUCCAUUCUUUACACUAGUUUGGUUAUUAGGACAUCGACGAGGAAGCCUCUGUACUCCGAUGUAACAGCGGACUUCUUUAAAUCACUGAAGGCAGGUAAAUUGGCCGAUACGCUUCUUCAAAAGUUACCGCAGGUACCAAAUUUAAAGGUGGAGCCACAAGUACCGAUUUUAAAGGUUGCCUCUGCAAAGCUGCCUGUCACAGAACCUUCACGAACUGGUUAUGAGGAGAUUGUCAAGCCGGUUGCGCCUUGUCCCGAAUCUACGUCAGCUUUCCUGCUGAUUUUGGUUGGAAGUGCGGUCAACAAUCAACAUAGGAGACAUGUCGUACGGUCGACUUGGGGCAACAUCACAUCUUACAGGGGCUUUUCCAUAAAAGUGAUAUUCUACAUGGGCAAGGCACUUAACGCCACUCGACAGGAAGAAUUACUGUUGGAAAGUAAAACACACAAUGAUAUUGUCCAAAGCGAAAUCGAUGACGGGUAUUAUAAUUUGACGUUAAAAAACCUUAAUGGAUUCAAGUGGGCUAUGAAGGAAUGCCCUGUUGCUCGGUUUGUCUUGAAGGUAGAUGAUGACGUGUUCGUUUACCCAAAGAACACUGUGGAUUAUCUGAACACUCUAAAGGUUUCAGAUGAGGUAAAACUUUAUCGAGGUUACGGCAUGAACGCCAACCCUGCCUACAGGAACAAGGGUAACAAGUGGUACAUUAGCCACGAGGCAUACAAGAAUGCAACCUAUCCACCGUACAAUUUAGGAUUUGCCGUGCUCUUUUCAAUGAAGGUUGUGAAGGAGAUUCAUGAUGCAUCCUUUAAAGCCCCUGGAUACUUCCAGGUGAAAAGAAACUUUCCUUUCGAGGAUGUUUUCAUUGGUAUGUGUGCUAAGUAUCUUGGUAUUGUCCCUAAAUUUGUCUACGAUAGAUUCUUCAGGGAUCCAGCUCCAUUUUAUAAUGCCGUGAAAGGUGAUCAGUGCAGGUAUCUUACCGCAAUAGCUGCCCAUGCAGUGGAUCUUGAUCUGUUUUAUUACUACAUGAAAGCAAGUGAAAACGUCCGACACUCAAGCAAAUGCCUGCAACCAACGUAA